UUUCAUCUAAAAAAAAUCUUUAUUAAUAUAUUAAUUUAUAGUAGUAUAUUGAUGUGUUUUGAAGAGUAGUUUAUUUUUGUUCGUCUAUUUCGCAAUUCCCUGAUACGAUUAUUGGAGACUUGGAGAGUUUGUCAAUUAGUAUUCCUCUUUCCCCAAUUCUUCCCUCUAUCGCUUCUACCAUUACAGAACCUUCAAAUUCCUAAUCGAGGUCCAUCUAUGGCGUCUUUUCUCAAAAGUUCACCUUUCUCAUCAAUGCGAUCUCAAUCUCAGAGGAUCCAGAGUUUGUUUGCGCAGCCCAGCCGAAGUUUUCACAUCGACCUUGGGGAGCGCGAGAAAGCUCUAUUGGAAAAGGAUUCAGCAUUGAGUCGGUUCAAAUCAUAUAAGCAGGGUGCAAAACGUAUUAGAAGAGUCGGCGAUGUUCUCACUGUCAUUGUUGUGGCAGGCUGUUGCUACGAGAUCUAUGUUAGAGCUACAACACGAGCAGAAGCUAAGAGUCAGGAAUAAUCUGCUAGCUGAAGUGCAUAACUUAGUGUGAGUUUUUGUUGCAUCAACUACAUACUCGAUUGUUCUGUCUGGUUGGUACGUCGUACCCGAAUAAGUAAAGCUCAACUAUGUGACCGAGUGCUUGUAACAUACAAAGUUUAGUGGCAUUUUAGUUCCUGUAGUUUUGUUUGCUUAUCUUUUGAAUCCCGAUCAAAUAAAACCUUUGAUUUGGAGUCUUAGUGGAAUAUUUAUCUAUUGUUUACCAUUGAACUCUCCUUUAUAAAUCGCCCAAAUUUCAGCAAUUUCAGUUGCUGCUUA